UACAGGGAUGCGUGUCCUGCCCGGAAUCCGGCAACCGUUUUUCCUGCCCCCUUUUUCAGUCUCUCCUUGCCCGUUCGCCAUUUUGAAGUAUUCGAGCGAAGCUGAGGCAAAAAAAAAAAGCCCUUCGGUUUCAAACGUAAGGCUUUCCCAGGACAAAGCGAGAUCAUGAGUGGGAGUCGAGUCUUCAUCGGUCGCCUGAGCCCGCACGCCCGCGAGAGAGACGUGGAGAAGUUUUUCAAGGGUUUCGGACGGAUCCGCGAAAUCAACUUGAAAAAUGGUUUCGGUUUUGUGGAGUUUGACGAUCACAGGGACGCUGACGACGCAGUUUACGAAUUAAACGGCAAAGAACUCUGCAGUGAACGGGUUACUAUUGAGCACGCUCGCUCCAGGAGAGGAAGGGGCGGUGGCGGCGGCGGUGGAGGCGGCGGCGGUGGCGGCGGCUCCAGAAUGGGAGGCUUUAGUGGCUAUCGCCAAUCGCGCAGUAGUGGAUCAAGGUACGGACCCCCGGUGCGCACGGACCACCGGCUGAUAGUAGAGAACCUGUCGUCGCGCAUCAGCUGGCAGGACCUCAAAGACCUGAUGAGAAAAGCCGGAGAGGUGACUUUUGUUGACGCACACAGGCCCAACAAAAACGAAGGGGUUGUUGAGUUUGCAUCCCGAAGUGACAUGAAGAACGCCAUCUCCAAACUGGACGGCACCGAGCUGAACGGACGCAAGAUUAAGAUCUUCGAGGACAGCCGAGGCCACAGCCGGAGCCGCUCCCGCUCUCGUUCCCGCAGCCGCAGCUACUCGCGCAGUCGCUCCCGCAGCCGCAACCGAUCAAGGAGCCGCAGCCGCUCCCGCACGCCCAGCCGCACCCCGGAAAAGAAACCCGCAGGCGGCGGCGGCGGGCCCAAAGCCGGCGACCGCUCCCCCUCCCGCUCCAAAUCCCGCUCCAAGUCCCGUUCCCGGUCCCCGCGCUCGCGCUCCCGUUCGCCGCCCCCAGCCCAGAACAACCAGUCGCGCUCCCGCUCCAGGUCCCGCUCGCGAUCCCGCUCGGCCUCCGCGGAGAGCAAACACUGAGGCAAAAAGUUGUGUACAUGAUUUGUCGUUUAUUAAACUCUGUGAUGGGUUGGUUUGUUU